CAAGCACGGAUCGAAAGGUUCGAGACGACCAAAGCUUUGUUUCACACAAGGCUUACUGAUGGAAACCCGGUUGGACCUCACGUGCUCAAGAUGAUUGGGCUUAGGGAUCACCUGGAAAGACUUGGAUCUCCAAUUAGUCAAGAGUUGGCUACUGAUGUGAUUCUCGCAUCACUCACUCCGGCAUAUGACCAGUUCAUCAUGAACUAUAAUAUGCAUGGUCUUGAGAAGACCUUAACCGAAUUGCAUGGAAUGCUCAACUCUGCUGAGCAAAACAUCAAGAAAAAUCGGAGUGACAUUUUGAUGGUCAAAAAGGGGAAGGGAUUCAAGAAGCAUGGUAAUGGCAAGGUUGGUGGAAACAAGAAAUCCAAAACUCUGGUUAAGAACUCGGGUAAAAGCAAAUCGGUUGCUAGCUCUUCUUCUAAAGAAGAGCAAAAAUGUUUCCACUGCAACAAAACUGGUCAUUGGAAGCGGAAUUGCAAGGCAUAUUUGGAGGAACUGAAAAAGAAGGGGCAUGGUGAUGCUUCCAAUUCAGGGACUAACAAGGAGUAGAAGGCUGGCUAAAGGUGAAGUUGACCUACGAGUAGGCAAUGGUGCAAAAGUUGCAGCAUUAGCAAUAGGGACAUUUACUUUGAAUUUGCCCACGGGCUUAGUUUUAGAACUUGAUAAUUGUUAUCAUGUACCUGCCAUUAGCAGGAAUAUUAUUUCUGUUUCUUGUUUGGACA